AUGGCUUUACGAGGCGUAAAAGUUGUUGAAAUGAUUGGACUUGCACCGGGACCAGUUUGUGGUACUAUUUUAGCCGAUUUUGGGGCAACAGUAACAGUAAUCCACAAACUACAACCUGCCCCUUUUGAUGUUAUGUGUAAUGGAAAGAAAAUGUUAUCUAUCAACAUAAAAUCUAAGGAAGGUGCAGAAGUUGUAAGGAAACUGUGUUCCUCGUCAGAUGUUCUCAUUGAUACCUAUCGCCCAGGAGUUUUGGAAAAAAUAGGACUAGGCCCAGAAACUUUAAUGAAAGAAAACAAACAAUUAAUAUAUGCAAGGCUAUCUGGAUAUGGCCAAAAUGGAUAUUAUAGAAAUAACCCAGGCCAUGAUAUUAAUUAUGCAUCUAUUUCAGGCAUACUUUCAAUGUUAGGUAGAGGCAAACAACCUCCAGUUCCGCCUAUGAAUAUUUUAGCAGAUUUUGCCGGUGGAAGUGUUUUAACUGCACUUGGGAUAGUAAUAGCCUUGUUUGAAAGGACUAAAUCAGGCAAAGGUCAGAUAAUUGAUGCAAGUAUGACCGAAGGUUUGGCAUAUGUGGGUAAUUGGCUAUUCAGAGCAAGACAUUUACCUUUCUUGAAUGAAGAACCAGGAAAGAAUGUUCUUGAUGGUGGAAUGUCAUAUUACAGAACAUAUAAGACUAAAGAUGGACAGUUUAUGGCUGUUGGUUCUCUGGAACCUCAGUUUUAUGUGAAUUUACUCAAAGGCUUAGAUCUGUCAGAAGAUAUUUAUCAUCAAUUGGCUGAUCAAGAUAUGUGUAAUCGAAAAUUUGAAGAGGUCUUCCUUACAAAGACACAAGAAGAAUGGAUUGCAAUAUUUGAUCAACUAGAAGCAUGCGUUACACCCGUUGUGAACUUUAAUGAAGCUAACAGAAACAAAUGUAACGCCUCAAAAAAUUCGUUUUAUAUUGAUCACAACAAUUUAGUGGCACCAGAGCCAGCUCCCAAAUUAUCUAGAACACCACCAAAUGCUACUGGAAAAAAAAUACCACCAAAACAUGGGGAACAUACAACUGAAAUUUUAUAUGGUCUUGGAUACAGCAAGAGUGAAAUAGAUGAAUUAAUCAAUAAAGGUUGUGUUUAUGCUUUGAAAAUGUCAAAUUUAUAG